GGAGAGCUUGCCUAGCUAUAAAUAUGGCUGAUGUGCUGUUUAGAAACCAGUAUCAGCAGCCAUCAGUAUAGGAGGUCUACCAACAUUGAGGAUAGCCACGCCAGCAAUGCCAACUCUCCAAAUUCUGCACAACAAGACCUACACCAAAGAGAGCGGACCUGGAACAAGUAUUCCAAAGCAGUGGGACGAAAAAUCGCAAGAACUUAGUGAAGUAUCUCAACCAGAGCCAGUAGAUGAGGAUGACGGAAGUCUAGUUGCAGCUUUCCUGCAAAUUGAUUUCCUAGCUUCUAUACGAGCUGCACCAAAAUCUAGUCUGCUGGACGUUAGAAUACAAGACGAUGGAACCGUGUAUCAAUUCUACUUUGCAAAACAAGGAUCCAGUAUUGACAACAGUGUACGUGCAGUGUAUAUUCGUUUUCAAUGCAUGCCUCCAUUUGAGCAGCUAGAACAGUUGGCUAUGAGUAUCACGGAAAGGAGCAUUGCUCCACAGUUUGCAGCUUUUGUCAGCGAACAGAAAGAUGCAGUCAAAACAGAAUCCCUCUAUGCACUGUACUCAUCAAACCAACCAUGCAGUCAUGUUUCAACCGAGCAGUCAUCUCUGGAGAUUUAG